AUGCAUUCACCACAUGUUCAAAAUCAGCCAGAAACCUUCAAUGAACAGCCUAAGGACGAACAAGAAAUUCAACCUGAUCAGCUAUUAGAUGAUCAGCCCCAAGCACAAGGUGAAAUUGAAUACCAUCUAUUUCUAGAUGGACGACCCUGUGAUGAAAAUGGGAAUCUAUUGCCCCCAGGAGCAAAGCCUGUACUCCCUGAAGCCCUGUCAGCCAAUGAUUGGUCCCCGUACCGUGAUCGCAUAGAGUUUGAGACUGCAGAGGUUCUCUACAAAAAAAUACAAAUGUCUGCAGGAGACAUUGAUGCCCUCCUUGAUUUGUGGAGGGCUUCGUUUAUUAAAUGUGGACUUGUAGACCAAAAUACCCGAUUUGCCAACAAGGAUGAUCUAUACUGGAUGGUUGAUUCAACUUCAGCUGGCGAUGUGCCAUGGGAGUCUUUUUUGUUGUCAUACAAUGGUGAGAUUCCCAAAGAAAAUGCUCCUGGGUGGAUGAGGCAGGAGUUUGAUGUCUGGUUUAAAAAUCCUCGCACUAUCAUACAAAACAUGUUAUCAAAUCAAGUUUUCUCUGGCAAAACCAAUUUUGUUCCUUACCAGAAGUUCAAUGACAAGGGAGAACAAGAAUACAAAGACUUCAUGUCAGGCAAAUGGGCCUGGAAGCAGGCAGACAAGAUUUCCACUGAUCCAACAACUUAUAGCUCAUCAUUUGUGCCAGUCAUUCUAGGCAGUGAUAAGACCACGGUUUCUGUCGCAACAGGCCAAAAUGAGUAUUAUCCACUGUAUAUUGCAGUGGGGAAUGUUCAUAACAAUGUCCGGCGAGCACAUAGGAAUGCUGUAGCGUUGCUGGGAUUUCUAGCCAUCCCAAAAACUGAUAAGAAGUAUGCAAACGAUCCAAAGUUUCGCAGGUUUUCGACACAGCUAUUUCAUACAUCAAUGUCACAUAUUCUUCAAGGUCUCAAACCUGGGAUGUUAGUCCCAGAGAUUGUACGCUGUGCCGACAUGCACUUAAGGCAUGUUAUUUAUGGUAUUGGGCCAUACAUUGCUAACUAUCCAGAGCAAGCUCUUCUUGCAUGCAUAAUUCAAGGAUGGUGUGCUCGUUGUAUUGUGUUACCCAACAACCUCAACGGUGAAGGUGGCCAACACUCUCAUGAUCAUACAGAGGUCCUCGCUGACUUCCUUGAUCCGCAUGUUUUACAGGAUCAAUAUGGUAUUGUGAGCAACAUUGUACCAUUCACCCAUGAUUUUCCUCGUGCUGACAUCCACAAGAUCCUGGCUCCCGACCUUCUUCACCAAGUCAUUAAAGGUACCUUUAAGGAUCAUCUUGUGACUUGGGUGGAGAAUUAUCUCAAUCUAAUGUAUGGCAAGAAGCGUGCUGAAGAGAUCUCAGAUGACAUUGACCGGCAGAUUGCAGCAGCUCCAUUGUUUUCUGGACUUCGACGAUUUCCACAGGGCCGUGGAUUCAAGCAGUGGACUGGCGACGACUCAAAAGCCUUGAUGAAAGUCUAUCUUCCCGCUAUUGAAGGGCACGUCCCACCGGAUAUAAUAUGCACAUCCCGAGCUUUUUUAAAUUUCUGCUACUUGGUCCGGCAUGAUACUCACAGCGACAGCAGCACUCAGCAAGUGCAAGACACAGUAAAAGAUUUUCACUGGACCCGUGUUAUCUUUCAGACACUGGGUGUUUGGCCAACAGGCUUUUCUCUUCCCCAGCAACACUCAAUCCAGCACUAUCCCCUACUCAUUCGCAUGUUUGGCUCUCCAAACGGCCUUUGCUCCUCAAUCACAGAAUCAAGACACAUCACAGCUCGCCACUCGAGUAGAUAUGAGGUGCUUGGCCAAAUGUUAUUAGUCAACCAGCAACUCGAUAAACUUGCAGCUUCUCGUGUAGAUUUCACAAUGCGCGGCAUGCUGACAGGUAGCAUAUUCAACUAUGCAAACAACUACCACAACAAUACUAUCGAUGAAGCUACAAGAGCUGUCAACACAAAUGCAGGCUCAGAGCCACAUAUCGGCGGCUUGGAUCAUAUUGAAGACCCCAACAACAACAACAACAACAACAAUGACAACUACAACUACAACAAUAGCAGGCCAGUCCCAGGCCCAAUAACAGCCAGUCAUGUCAAGCCGUCAGUUUGGCGUUUUCGUCAUUACUCAACCAAAUAUCACGAGCUCAGUCUGCAGCUCAAUCAGCCCCACCUGGUUGAGUUGAUUUGGUGGUUUCUCUACAGCCAAGCACGCAUCAAUGAUUGUGAUGCACCUUCAGCCUUCGAUAUACCACUGCAUCAGUGCCCCACAUUCAACUCAAGGGUAGUCGCAACACAUUCAGCCAUUGCAUAUUUUUAUACACCAAGUGAUAAUAAUGGGGUUGGUGGUAUGCGCCGAGAAACAAUUCGAGCUACACCUCUGUGGAGAAAAUGUGCGGCUUGCUAUGACUGUGCAUUUGUUGAGCGUGAUCCUUUAAUCACAGGAAUCAGAGGACUUGACAUUGUUCGAAUCUUUGCAUUUCUUUCUUUCUCUCAUAAUAACACAACUUACCCUUGUGCACUUAUACAGUGGUUUUCUCAUAUUUUAGAUGAGCCAGAUGAACUCACUGGGAUGUGGAAGGUCCAGCCUGAUACAAAUGACGACGGAUCAACCAGUCUUGAAAUCAUUCAUCUGGACUGUAUAUUUCAUAGUGCGCAUCUCAUGCCAGUGUUGAGUGAAUAUGGUCACUGCUUUAUUCCAUCUGACAUUGAUUUUACUAAUUUGCUAGAUAGAUUCUCUACAUUCUACAUAAACAAGUAUAUUGAUCAUCAUGCCUUUGGGCUUAGCCAACUUGACAUGUAA